AUGAGAACAUCAAUAUUAAUUUUAAUGAUAAUUGGUGGAUUUUUGGUGUCUUCGAGACUACAUCGACACCAUCGAAAACGAAGAUUUUCAAAUGAAUUUGAGGGAUUAUAUUGUGGAGAAAGUGCGAAUUUACAAUCGGAAUUUGAUGAAUCAAAAGAUUCAGAUUCUUCAAUUUCGAAAGUUUUUAGCACACAAUUUAAUUUAGCGCUGGAUAAUACGAUUUGUAUUAAAUUACAGGUUUGGUUUUUAUUUAAUUUUUCCUCCUUCAAAAAUUUUGUUUUUUCAGAAUAUAGUUCAUGUUUUGAAAUAUGAAAAACUAGAACAACAUUAUCCAAUCGAAACAUCUUAUACAUUUUCGAUCCCUUUGAUCGAUACAAAUUGCAAAUGUCAUUGCACAGGAAUCGGCGGAAACGAUUUCUGCAACGUGGAUAAAUAUUCGGAUGAUAAAAAUUGUACAGCAAAUGGCGAUUUUCCGACAUGUUACACAAAAUAUCAUUCAGUGGCAGCACCGAUUGAUUGUGUUGUCACAAGUAUUCCUGCAAAAGCUUGCUGUGAUAUCAAAAUGAAACCAUAUAACAAUAAAAUCUAUCGAGCUGUGAAAUUAUCACAGCCCGUGAAUGUGAUGUUGAUCAGUUAUUCGGUGUAUGCAAAUAAUACGGGAAAAAUGAAUCGAAUAUUUGGAAAUGAACAUAUUAAAGUGGUUCUUAAUAAGGGAAAAGAGGAAUUCGAAUUAAAUGAACAUCAUAAAAUUGGAGUUCGAUUAACUGCUCCACCACCACAUCAACAAUUAGCUGCUGGAAUGUAUUAUUUUAGCGAGGAUGAUCAUGAUGAUUUGAGAGAAGGUGCGAUAAAUGGAAUUGGGGAGAAUAAUAUGGAAAAAAUUGGAUGGUAUAGAAGAAUUGGGAAUAUGUGGCAAACUUCUGCCAACGGAUUGAAUGUUCGAAAUUCACAUGUAAGUUUAUACAGUAAUCCAACAUUAAAAAAAUUCCAAAUUUUUUCAGAAACUCAUCAUCAAAAAUUGCAAAGAGCAACUUCAUCUUGAUCAAUUUUCUGGAGCAAAUAAUUAUGUUUUGCGGGGAACUCAAUAUAAUGACACUUCAAGUAAGCUUACCUUACCAAAGUUUUAAGAAAACUUAUUUGAUUAAUUUUCAGAUGAUAAACGGGUUAUUGAAAAUAGCUACGUAAAAAGUAUUCGAGUUGAUGAGAUGAGUCGAGUUGUUACAAUUACACAUGAACAUGGAACAACUGCGUCAGUUUAUCUGAAAACUGAUUCGCGUCCGAAUUUGACAAAAAGUCAAUCACAACUUUCAAAUUUUACUGGAACUAUAACUUUGGAUCACGAUGGAAAUCGAAUGUUGAAUGUGACAAUGUAUGGAGUAAAAGGAACUGUUCAUAUUAAAUUCUUUGAAAAUGAUCGGAAAACUGUGGCAACAUUUGCAUGCACCGCACAAUGUAAGAUUACUGUAGAAAAAAUUAAGCUCAAUUUCAAUUAAAAAAAAACGUUUUUCAGUUGGAACAUCAACAAAAGAUGAUGGAAGUAAAAUCUCGCUGCCAUCAACAAUUGAUAAAGCUCAAUUUGUUUGUAUUCUUCCGGAUGAGCAAGCGACAAAAAAUGAAAUUUGUAAAUGGAUUCCUUACGAGGAAAAAGCGAUGAGAACACCACGACAAGAAAAUAGUUGGUCUGAAGGACACUCGCCUUGUGCAAGUUCGGAAUGUAAUAAAAUGACAAGAGGAGCUAGUGAAUGGUUUCCCUGGUUAAUUGAUUUUGAUUAUUUACAAUCACAUAAUCUUGGUUUCGGCGAGGUAAUUUUAAUAUUUUUUCAAAUAUUUAUCUCUCUAAUCAAUUUAUUUUUGCAGUGGGCCAAAAUCGGAUUACAUAUGGCACUCAUCGCAGUUUGCACAUUAUUGCUCAUAUUAGUUCUCACAAAAUGUCUCAUUCCCCUUGCUUGUUGCUCAUUAUCCAUUCCAUUCAAAGGAAAGAAAGGCAAAAAAUAAUAAUUUUAAUAACUUUUUUCUUUGUAUUUUUUUUGCUCAUUUCCACGGUUUCUUUUGUUAAUUAUUUUCCUCCUAGGAAAAAAAACACAGAUUGUAUUUAUCUUGCCAGUGCAUAUUAGUCCAAUUGUUUUACCGGUACUUUUGAUGUCUUUUUUUAAAAAUAAUAAUGAUGAAAAAAAAAGAAAAAAUAUCAUUUUUUGUUGGUGCUUUCUUUUUUACUAUGCUUUCUUUUAUUGUGAUAAAUUAUUCUAUAUUGUUGAAUGUUUUUUUUUUUGAUAGAAAAUAUUUUUGGCAUUUUUCUGCCCUGUUUACUUUGUCGUAUUCACACGUUUUAUUGACUUGAAAGUUACAAAUAUUACAGUAAAAUUUUGCAAACAGAAAGGAACAUCACGCCAGAAAAGUUGUGUGUCCUGCAACGGAGGGUACUGUAGCAAUUAGUAUUGUGUGUGUUUUUUCAAUUCGAAAACGGUUUUUUUUUGUUUUCUGUUUUCAGUACUGAUGACACUGCAGUGUCGUGUCUAGCCCAAAGGUUAACAAAAAUAAGCUCAUUCUGUGUAGUCACAGAAUUCAAUAUGAACUGCUUCGGGCUAAAAUUUGUAAUUUGCAAUCAGAUUGUCUUCUUCCUCUCAAAAAAUCAAAUUUAAAAAAAAUGAGAAACGUGUAUUUUUCCAGGUCGUUCAACGUCAUUCUUCGAUAACCUCGAAAAAAAUCAUCAUUUUAGGAAAUAACCAGUCAAACAAGGAACAGGUAAUUUUGAAUAAAUGUCUUUCGCUUGGAAUCAGAUCUUAGGCGAAUAAGGAAGCUCUAGCGUAAGGUUAAGCGUCGUAAAUUGACAGAUAUGAAUUUAGUAGUCGGUUCUUUAAUAUCUUAUUCGCAUCAAUCACCAACUUUUCUUCUUCCGUUUUUUUUCUCGAUUUUUUGAUCCGCUCAGUUGAGGCCGCCUAGUUCAAGUGUUCUCAAUAUCAAAUGACACAAUUUCGUGUGCAAAAAAAGUUGAGCCACGUUUUUUUUCUCCAUCGUGUCAAUAAAUAAUUGAAAAGUAAACCCAAACACAUUUGCCGUUUGGCCUAUUUGAAAUUCGAAAUUUUUGGCGCGCAAUGAGGAACGACCUGAAGAAAAGAAGAAAUGGAGAAAAGAACAAAAAGGUCGAAUAGACAGUUAGACACUUUCUAUUUGUAUAAACCGGAAAUAGUGUGGUAAUGUGUGGAGGGUGCAUGACAUUGUGUCUUUGCGUCUCUUCUACAAAUUUCUUUUCUCUCCGAUUUUUUUCUUUUUUCCUUUGCUUCCUCUUUUUUUCCUUCUUCUUCUUCUUCUUUUCCACAUCCAUUUGGCUCAAAAACGAAGAGGUCCGUUUCGCAAAAAAGAAGAGGAGUUAUUGGGACCCUCAUCUUUCUGUGUCUCUUUUUAUCUCUCACUUCUUUCUCUCAUUUUUUCCUUCCAUAUACUUUACAUUUUGUAUAAAGUUUGAGCUAAAGUUUUGAAUGUUUGUUUAUAUCGUAACUCUUCUUUUUCAUCUUCAACUCCAUCUUUUCUUUUUCUUCUUCUAAUAAUGAGCAUUCAUCGAUUUUCUAUAUUGUUGCAUUUUGUUGUUGUUCGAAACUAUUUCCGUUAUCAUCAAUUUGUUCUUUUUUUGGCUGUACAACACUAUUUAUGGCAAAUGUUUUCAGAGAGACAUUUAUAGAAAUAAAACAAUAAAUAAAUUGAUUUAUUGCGUGAAACGUUUCUUUCCACGUGUCAAUCUCAUUUUUCAUUGAUUUCAAAUCAGAAAUUUAUUUUUCGAUAAAAUCGGUGAAAAUAUCAGUGAGUUGACUUUUCCAGAAUUCAUUUUUCGUAUAUAUCGAAAAAAAACGAGAAAAUUGUAGUGUACGAUGCUCUGCCCAUAUUAUUUUAUUAGUUUUUUCUUCUCAGAAUUUCGAUAGUCUUUUCUCUGAAAAACUCAUAAUUUUUUUGGUUACCUUUCUAUCCGAAGUGAUUUUUGCACGUUUAAAAGAAAGAGAAAUGAUUUAUCAUUGAGAGCACCGUUUUCUUUUCUCAGUUAUCCGUUGUUUUACAGAUAAAUGAUGUCAUUUUGUCUUCAAAACAAAAAUGCUCAACAUUUGAUUUUUAUUUAUGUUUCCUACGCAUGAAACAUGUGUUGUCGAAAGAACUUCGAUUCGAAGAGAAAACAGAGAGUUCUCAUUCUUACUUUUUUGUCUUGACAGAACCUUCGGUUUCAAUAAUUAUCUGCUCCGUCUUUCGAAAAAAAAAAACUUCAUUACGAAAUAUUCAACAAUUUUUAUUAGCGCUGUUUGACUCCAAAAAUACAUAUUCAAUUUUGAAAUUGAAUGUACAUAUAUCUAGACAAUAAUUGCCUUUUAGUCAGAUAUUCAACCGAUUUCUUCUCUCUUUAUAAAACCCAAUUCAAAUGUUGAUGUAAAUUUGAGUAAAUUAGCAUAAGUUUCCAUCUUGUUCUCAGUCAGCUCUCCCACAAAAAACAAUUCAAAAAAACUGUUUAAAUAGCUGCGAUUUGUAUUAUAAAAUGUCUCAUCUCUUUGUGCAGCCAUUUUUGUCUUCCACAAAACAUCGCCUGAUCAUUCGAUAUCCAACGUAAGAAUUGUCUAAUUUUAGAUAUGCACUUUUGUGAUUUUUUGAACAAAAGAAGUAGAGAAAUCGGCAUCUCUUUAGUGAGUAAUGGGAGUCUGGCGCAACAAUUUCUUUGUCUUUUUUAACGAAAAUGUCAUGGGAACCGAAUAUACGGUAGUUUUUGAAUAUUUCGAAACAUAGAAAAGUUUUAUGAAUACGCUCAUUAGGCAAAGUUUCUUUUGUCACCAUAAAUUAUACUUCUCACAUUCAACAUUUUCCCAUUCCGCCUUCAUUGUAUAACAAACAUAUCUAACACCAUCUGUUUUCCUUUCAUUUCUUAUUCGUUCCCACCAAAAAACAUAGGCUCCGCCCAUUUCUUCCCAAUAUAAAAAGCUCGCACCUUUUUUUUGUCAUUCCAAACAUUCUAGUAUCUAUUCUGCUCACCGCUUUGUAAGUUUUCUUUUAUUUUUUUUUCAAACAAUUUAUAAGAUGACCAUUUUUGGCGCGAAACUAGGAAACUUUCGCUUUAUCUUGAUGAUCUAAAUUUUCGAAAGUUUCUUUUAUUUCAUUUCGUUUCUUCAAAUCAAACUUUUCCAGAUGAUAAUACGUUAAAAUGUCAAGUUUCGACGAUCCCGAAAAGCAUUUUUUGGGCAAUUUACUUGAAGAUGAUAGUGGUCCAACAGAUUCAACAAUUGAUCAACAUCAAACAACAUCCACUUCGAGUUAUGGUAAAUUAAUCAUCACAUUUUCUAAAAAAAAAUUCAGUAUAUUUAUAAAAUAUUUUAUAGAUUCAACACCGUCACAAACCCAAUCAACAAUAUCAGCUGCUUUUCGUCCAAUAACAUCAACAUCAUCUUAUUGGCCCGAACCACCUCCGCCAUAUUCUCCACCAAUUACGGAAUCAUGGUUCUCAGCGUUGAAUACACCAACCACUCAACCGCAGCCUGCGUCCGAUUGGUUUUCGAUGUUGGACACAAAAACGAGUGGAACUACACCGCCUGUUGAUCAAUUUUUGAAUAAUUUGUUGGUUCAACCAAGUUCACAACAAGUUCAUCAUAUACACCAUAAUUUGCACCAUCAUACGCAUACACAUAAUGUGGUUAGUUUUCAUAGAAAGAUAUUCUUUGUCAGCUUUUUCUCACGUCUGACCUUAUAAUUUUAAUCAAUUUUCAAAUGUUCAUAAAAUUUUUAGCAGGUUCAAAAUCAUUAUUUCACAACAACAACAACUGUCCCACAACAACAACAACCAAAUGAUUCUGUUGCAAUUGUUCCAACACCAAGCACUUCUGAACCGGCGCAUUUUAUUGAUCCCGCUUGGAAUUAUCUUGCGGCUGCUCCAGCAACUCAACCAACUCAAAUACCUUUUUCUGAUUGGAAACGGGAAGAAGAAAGUGUGAAGAAAUUGAAUGAGGCGACAUAUCCAUCUAACAGUAAUAAUAAUAAGAAAGCUGAGGCGAUUGGAAGUGAGAAGAAACAUAAACAGGAGAUUGCGAAGAAAAUGGAGAAUGCGAUUAAAAAAGAGAAGGCGACAGCAACAGCAUCGAAUGUUUCGGUUUCGGUACCAACUCGAAUUGUUGUAAAUGGACAACCGCAUUCUGCACCAGUUGUUACUAAAAUGCCAUUCAGUUAUCGAGAUGUUGCAGCAAGAGUUGAAGAAAAAGAAGCGAAUAUAUUGUCGAGUGGAAGUAACAAAGAAAAUCCACCUGGAAGUCCACCACCUCCAGCGAUUCCAACAAAACUUGUUAAAAAUAAUAAGAAGAAUGAUGAUCUUCAAAAACAACAUCAAAUUAUGAACAAGAAAAAUGUUGCGGAUGAGCUGAAGAAGAACAAUAAUAAACCGAGAAAUGAUGAGUUCCAAAAAAUUCAGAAUAAUAUCAAAAUAACAGCUCCGGAAAAUGUUGUGGCUCCAGUUGCUUCAUCGAGAUAUGAUGUUUUGAGUCUUGAUUCGAAAAAUGCUCGAAAUGGACAUCAGUCGAAAAAAGCAGCAGCGAAAGCGGCAAAAAGAACACCACCAGUCAUUGAACAGGUAUUCUCAAGAUCUUCAUCACCUGGAGCUGAAAAUGAUCAAGAAUCUGAAGUUGAAGAAGUAGAAGACGAUGAUGAUGAACCAACAACUGAAGUAUCGAAAACAGUUGGAAAACGAAGAAGUACUUCAAGACAUCAAACAUCGAAAAAGAAGCGAGCAGCAGUUCAAACAACACAACGAAGAAGACAACGAAGAAAGGUUGAACCUGGAUGGUAUGAUAAUUUCAUUUGGAUUUGGGAUAUUUUAACAUGGAUGGCUGGAUAUUUUGGAUCAAUGGUUCAAUGGACUUUUCAACUUAUUGUUGAUGUUUGUGUUAAAAUAUACGAUGUUUUUUGUGUCUCGUAAGUUUCUUUUUUUUUUGAAAAUUGUCUUCAGAAAGAAUCAACUUCAAAGAAUUUCUGACUUUUCAUUUUCUUUGAAGUUCCCAAGAAACAGUUUUGUUAGAUCAAAAUCAAACAAUAUUUGAAUUUCAGAACUGAAGCUGUUUGCCAAGGAAUUCUUCAAGGGCUCAAAAAAUGUGCCAUCUUCAUUUUUAUGAUAUUCGUCUACAUUGGUUUAUCUUUUUGGAUGUUCAUUCGAACUAUCGCAAUGGCUCGUCUUUUCGAACAACUUUGUGAUGAUCGACCAGAAAUUACUGAAUGGGGAAUGAAAAGAGAUAUUCCGAUUCCGAAUUCUGGUAAGUUCCAAAAUGUCUUUUUUGCACGCGCGCUUUUUACUAACCUGCAUGUUUUCUACUUAUUUUAUUUGUGCUUUGUGUUUUUUUUGUUUUUCUGAAGUUUUUCUACAGUAAUUCGAGCGAAAAAACGAGGAAAUGAACCGAAGAAUAAAAAAUCGAAGAAUCAAAAAUCACAAUUGAAGACACAAAAUUCAAAUACGACAACAGUAGUUAACGAAAUAAUACCAAUGGCAAUUGAAAGAAUGUUGAAAUUUCUAACUGAUGCCUGUUAUAUAUUCAUUGGAUUUCUUAUUUUCUGUGUAAUUUCGAAGCUUACGAAAUGAACCUUUAUCCAUGUUAAUCCGGUAGCUUUACCUCAUAUCCCAGUUUUACCCGUAUUUUAAUUAUUUAAUUUUGUUGUGUUAAUAUUUUAAUUAAUUUGGUUUUAUAUUAUGUUGUUGUUAUUUUGUUAUUUUGCUAUUUAUCUAAUGUUUGUUUUGAAUGAAUCAUGAAUUAAUCAACUUCACAUUUUUUGCACAAAGCGCAUGGGGAAAAUAUAUCGGAAACUUGAAAACAAUAAACACUGAAUUAUUUCAGCAAUCGAAUACAUUGAUCGUUUGAUUCGUGAGAAUACACAUGAUGCUUAUGUUGUUUUUGGACUUCGAAGUGAAUGCAGCGAUGAUGAGAUCAAGAGAAAUUACAAAAGACUUUGUGCACUUGUCUCGCCAGAUAAGGUAGGCAUUUUUUAGAGGAAUUUGUUUUGGUUCGCAAGAAUACUAUAACGGAAGAUCCGUACCUCAAAUCAAACCGAAAUUUCACAAAAUUAAUUUUUUUUCUAGUGUACAAUCGAUGGAUGUGAAGAAGCAUUUGAUUUGUUGAAUCGCGCUUUCGAUGCAAUUGGAAAUCCAUUAGCCAGAAUCACUUAUACAAUGGAAAACGCAUACGACAACGAUGAUCACAAGUGCGUCAUCAACGCGUGGGACGAUUUGAGAGAGCGCAUCGAAGAAACGCGUUGCACAAUCUUCUGCGAUUGCGGUUCUCGUCACAUGCGUCUUAUGACAAAUAUUCGUCCAAAUGAGGCUAGAUAUUGUAGAAGAUGUGACAUGAAUCAUCCGGCAAAACAAAAUGAUAUUUGGGUCGAGAAACGUUUGUUCGGACUCAAAUCGAUUUAUUUGACUUGUACCGAUAAUAUGGUUUUUGAUAUUACCGAAUGGGCUACUUGUGAGGUGAGGAGAUUUUACGAAGAAUUUAUGUUUUUGUUGUGUUUUGCACCGCAUGCUUUUUCUUAUGCUUUUCACUAAUUUUUAGGGCAACUUGAAUGAAUUCUCAUGUCAACAUUCGGACGAGAAAAUUAAGAAGGAAUCGAUCAAAAAACAAUGA